AUGCGCGCUGAAGAAGUGAAAGCCAUACUUACACCACUCUACGACAACUACGAGAAACAUUGUCAGAGUGGUGACAUCGACAAAUGCAUGGAUUUCUAUCAUCCGGAUGCUGUGAUGGUAGAAAAAGGCAAGACCGCUGCCUAUGGAAAAGCUCAAAAUGUUUUUACCAAAAACACCAAAAAUCAAAAAGAAAAGAAUUUUUUGUGUUUGUCUAUCGUUUUUGUUUCAUACAUCCGCGAUGCCCUGGUGAACCUGUGGGAGCGUACCGGACCGCAGAAGUUCACAAAAUCCAACGAAAAGUACGAAGGCUGUGACGACUAUCUGGUCCUCACCUGUGAUAACACCAUGGACUCUGCAAAAAGAGGCAAGGAGACAGCCAAGAUGGUACAGAUCUGGAAGAAAGAUCAUGGCAAAUGGGUCAUCUAUCAUGAAGAGUGCGAUGUGAAAAAGUAG